UGCCGCGGGAUUUCUUCCGUUGCCAUAGCAAUGGAGGAACGCGAAUGGGAAUUUAUAUUCACUAAUUUUCAGGCAUGUUGUCGUGGAUACUUAGUGAGAAAGGAGAUCAGGGGUGCGCGGAUCGAGUUUGAAGAUAUUGUUAGAGAUAUUGACGGAAAGGUAGAUCACUUUCACUGGAGAGAUGGUAUUAUUUCCAACCCUUACUUCUCAGACACGGACGGUCUUUUGCAGAAACUUGUCAGGCAUGUUGGAGCAAGACCAAACACAGACACAAGUAAUCUGGAGCAGCGUGCAGAACAUGUGGUUCCGGGACUUCAACUGUCCGAGAGGAUAGAACCAGAACGGGAUGCGUCCCACGACCAGGAACAGGUGCCUGUCUGGAGAACUGCCUCCAGUUCGCUAGAGGGCGACGGAGAGACAGGGAGCAGCCAGCAAGGAGAGGGAGGACUGCAGGAGAGUGCCCAGGACACCACCACAGUCUGGAGCAGUCUGGGUCUGGAUGGAAGCUACGGACACUUUCAGAAAAGUUCGUUGCGGUGCUGUCUGGCUCAGGAUGUGUCUCCCACCCCAGAUGCUCUACGUCUCCAUAGAAACACUCUGACCAUGGAGCUCCUGUGGCUACAGCAGGCUAUUGGCAGCAGAAAGAAGUACCUGUUCCUGAGAGAAAGGCUGAAUGAAUCUUAACAGCAGAGGAGCCGUGGGUCCUCUUGGUCUUCCAAACUAGAUUGUUGGCCUUUGACUAUGAGGACUGUGUUUAGACUGUCAACAAACUACCACAUCUCAGUUCCUCUCACUGUAGGUUGGUUUGAAGAUUUGGUGUAUCUAUAGCCCUCCACUCAAAUCAUAGAGUAUCUGUAUGUUAUGUCAUGUUUAUUCUUUGUGUAUAUUUUUUGUAAAAUACUGAAAAUAAAUAAAACUUAUUUUUGUGUU